GCGGUGUUUCUUGCAGAUUUCCUGACGGGGGUCUAUCACUGGAGCGUGGACAACUACGGCAGCGGUGAGACGCCGAUAGUGGGGUCUCAGAUUGCGGCCUUCCAGGGGCACCAUCAGAAGCCCUGGACCAUCACAGAGCGCGAGUUCUGCAACAAUGUGCACAAGGUGUUCAUGCCGGCGCUGCCCUUCGCAGCGCUGUGCCUGCUGGCUUCACCCUGGCUGCCGGCGCCGGUGGAGGUGUUCCUGUCUACAGCCACGUUCCUGACCUGCAUGAGCCAGCAGUUCCACGCCUGGUCCCACAUGAAGAAGUCCGAGCUGCACCCCGUCGUCGACGCCCUGCAGGGAGCGGGGUUAUUGGUCUCACGGAGGGCGCACGGAGCGCACCACAGGGCGCCCUUUGAGGGCAACUACUGCAUAGUCAGCGGCUUCUGGAACCCCAUCCUAGACGCCGGCGGCUCCCCCGAUGGCUUCUUCCGCCGCCUAGAGCGCAUCGUGGCCGACCGCACCGGCGUCGAGCCGCGAUGCUGGCACGAGCCGGACUACUCCUGGCAGGAGGCCCCCGAUGCACCCCUCCAAGGGAAGACCUCAGUCUGA